CCCCGAUUCGACCCGUAGAAGCCCAUUAGGGUUUAAGCCCACCUAUAAAGGGCGUAUAUAGCUCUCCCCAACUCCUCCAUUUCAAAACCUAGCAUCCCUGUCCUGCAGUCAGCAAUACCAGAUCGCCGGAGCAACAUUCGCAUCGGCGGCGGCGGAGGACAAAAACAAUGGUGCACGUCUCGUUUUACCGGAACUAUGGGAAGACCUUCAAGAAGCCUCGACGUCCAUAUGAGAAGGAAAGACUUGAUGCUGAGCUCAAACUUGUUGGAGAGUAUGGUCUGAGGUGCAAGAGGGAGCUUUGGAGGGUUCAGUAUGCUCUGAGCCGCAUUAGGAACAAUGCUAGGAACCUUUUGACCCUCGACGAAAAAGAUCCCCGCCGUAUUUUCGAGGGUGAGGCCCUUCUGAGGAGGAUGAACAGGUAUGGACUGCUGGAUGAGAGCCAGAACAAGCUUGAUUAUGUUCUUGCUCUAACUGUGGAGAACUUUCUCGAGCGCCGUCUACAGACGCUCGUUUUCAAGGCAGGCAUGGCCAAGUCCAUUCAUCAUGCUAGGGUGCUCAUCAGGCAAAGGCAUAUCAGGGUUGGCAGGCAGGUCGUUAACGUGCCUUCAUUCAUGGUGAGAGUUGACUCACAGAAGCACAUUGACUUCUCUCUCACGAGUCCAUUUGGCGGCGGCCGAGCUGGCAGAGUGAAGAGAAAGAACCUAAAAGCGGCAGCAAAGAAGGCCUCUGGUGGUGAUGGAGAUGAAGAAGACGAAGAGUGAACUGAAGUGAGAAGAGCGUUUUCUAUUUAGUUAAUUCGCAAUUUUUACUCUUUAAGAAGAACAAGAAAAGCAGUGGCUUGAGUUUCAUCUCUUGCUGCUAUGGUUACGUAUCGACUUUUGGUGUAUUUCAGACUCAAUGAUUUGGGUGCUCUUUAUUGUUUUUGUUCCUUUCGACUAUAUCGAGUUUGAGUUAUCAACGAUGGAACUUUUGAGACCCUGUUAAAUGAAUUUGGUGUUUUUCAUUUUGAGUAGCUAAUUAUAUUAUAUAUAAAUUCAAAGAUCGUUGUAUCUAACUUGG